GAAGCGGCUGUGUACUUCUUAAUCGCUCACUUUUUUAAGCACUAUUUAUUUCAGCAGACAGUUCAACCGCCGUGCGAGGUUACAAAGAGGCCUAAAACCCAUGACUUCAGCUUUUAUCGAUAUUCGACCAGAUGACGGUGUCUGACGAAGCCUGAAAUCGGUCUCACAUUGCGCUUGUCCUUGCCAGACAUCCAGACAGCCGCUUGGGCAGCUCGGCACUGGGCAUCUUGUACUAUCUAUUGGAUAAAUUGGGAAACAUCUAGAGGAAAUACAGAAAUGCCGGGUUUAACGUGAAGACUGGAGUUGUUCUGUAGUGCUGUUGAAUACAGCCUGAAGCAUGAACUCCGUGUCUCCAAGUGCCGUUCAAUAUAUAGUAGGUGCCGGAGCACACGAGGAGAAGCCCGCAGCACCACAGUCCAGACGCCACAUUGGCCAUGGCUCAGUGCCUGCAGAACCCGUUGAAGUGGAUCGUCUCAAAGCCAAGUUCAUGUCAGCAUGGAACAAUGUCAAAUAUGGAUGGUCUGUUAAAUCUAAAACUACCUUCAACAAGACGUCUCCUCUGACACUCAUGGGCCAGUCGUAUCUGUUCAAUAGCGAAGAUGAGGUGGAUCGUUUCCGGCAUGCUUUUGUGUCCUGUGUGUGGCUCACAUACAGGAGGGAGUUUCCUCAGCUGGACGGGUCCGGCCUCACCACAGACUGCGGCUGGGGCUGCAUGCUGCGCAGUGGACAAAUGCUGCUGGCGCAGGGAUUAAUGCAGCACCACAUGCCUUCAGACUGGAGGUGGCCCGACUGUCACCCGCUGACAGAUGUUGACUUUGAGGUGUUGAAGCCCCGAUCCCCAUCCCGUCCGGCCGGCAUGUCCCUGCCCUCCUUCACUUCAUCCUGGAGUAGCCCUAUUUCCCAACAGGACCCAUCCUCUGGCAUCAGUGAGGGUCACAGACAGGUGUACGGGCAAUGCCCUGCAACCACCCAUGACCCUCAGGUGGAAGCUCUGCACCGGAAGGUGGUGUCCUGGUUUGGGGACCAGCCUUCUGCUCCGUUUAGUGUACACCAGCUGGUGGAGCUGGGAAAAGAGUCCGGGAAGAGAGCAGGGGACUGGUACGGCCCGUCGGUCGUGGCACAUAUGCUGAGAAAAGCAGUGGCUAGAACCACAGAGUUUCACCACCUUGCUGUAUACGUGGCUCAGGACUGCACUGUAUAUAAAGGAGAUGUCAUGCGGUUGUGUGACGUGUCACUGAUGCAAGAGCUGCCAGAGUCUAGCAGUACAGCAUGGAAAUCAAUCAUCAUUCUAGUGCCAGUACGGCUGGGUGGAGAAUCAUUAAACCCGUCAUACAUUGAGUGUGUUAAGAACAUUCUCAAAAUGAAAUGCUGUAUAGGAAUUAUUGGAGGGAAACCCAAGCAUUCCCUCUUUUUUAUUGGCUUUCAAGAUGAGCAGCUAUUGUAUCUAGACCCGCACUACUGUCAGCCGGUCGUGGAUGUCACCCAGGGCAACUUCUCUCUGGAGUCGUUUCACUGUAACUCGCCCAGGAAGAUGAACUUCAAUCGCAUGGAUCCCAGCUGUACGAUUGGCUUCUACGCACGAACUAAGGAAGAUUUUCAGUCUUUGUGCUCAGCGGUCAGUGAAGCUUUGUCGUCUUCGAAAGAGAAGUAUCCUAUCUUUACAUUUGUGGAGGGCAGGGGGCAGAACUAUGGGCUGGAGGAGCAGAGCGGCGGGGCCGUGGAUGAUUCAGCAAACAUUUUCUCAUGCAACAGACUGAGCAGGAAUACAAAGAGGGGAAGCACAGAUGAGUUUGUGCUCCUGUGAGGAGCAUAUAACCCCCAAAUCCUGCUGCACUGAAAUAAACUGCUGUUCCUGAUGUUUGUGCACUGCAAAACAUGAUGGCUGCUUACAAACAGUGCCUCAUGCAAAGCUGACUUGUGUAAGGGUGAAUCUCAAGAAGCCUGCCAGAACAUGUCCAAGUCAUAGUACACCCCAAAUUCAAAGGACAUUAUAUGUCGCAUCAAGUAAGCGAAGCCUAUCUUUAAGUCCAUUAAGAUUUUUUGCAUUUCAUGUUAAAUGAGCACAUUUCCACUCUAAAUUGUCAUUACCGUAAUGCAAAACUAUGCAAAAGCUAUUAAAUAUUAUUGAAAUUAAGUAUUUGUACAAUUGUGCAUAUUUAAAUUGUUAAAACUCAUUGUGUCCAGGCUGAAUGAUUUACGUUUGUGUAUUACGGUAAAAAGAAUGAAAUUCUUUGAACAUUACAGUAAUGAGAAUUUGAGUGGGGAAUGUACAUAGCACUGUGCCUAAAACUUAAUGGUCCUAAAACCAUUUCUUUAUUUCUUUGUGGGGGGGGGAUAUCCCAUUUCUUUGUGAGAGUCGGCCAUAAUUGUGGCAUUGAUCCCUAAAUAUAUGUGGAACAUUCUGUGCCAUUUUUAAGCUGAUUCGGCCAUAUUAACGCAUUAAAUCCAUCUGCGUGUUCUUCCCAAUAAAAUCAGUCCACUAAACGUUUUACCAGUAGAAUCGUGGAUUGUCAAGGUGGUCUUUGGUCAAUUUCAGGUGUGCAGUCAUGUUUUAGUUGGAAAGCAGCGGCUUCCUUCGUUGUGUCCUGCCAUGGACACCAUAUAUGUUUAAUGAUUUCCAUACAGUAAACUAAUGAACAGAGAUGUUCACCAGUUCCAAUGAUUCCUUCAAGUCUUUAUCUGUCACUCAAGGGUUCCUUUUGUACCUCAUUGAGGAUUCUGUGGUGCCCUUUGAGUCAUCUUGGCUGGACGGCUACUUCUAGGGAGAGUAGCUACAGUACUAAAUCAUCUCCAUUUAUAGACAGUUUGUAAAAAUUGCCAUUUUUAUACUGAUUCGACCACAUACACGCAUACGAAAUGCUCAUUCUUUUGUCUUUCUCACACAAUCCUGCUGUUGUGUUGCUGUCUUUUUGAAGGUAAACGGGUAUUUUAAGUAUUUUGCUCUGUCUGAGACCAUGUUUAGAGCUGGUGGGUAAUGUGGGUAGUUAUGACACUGAAUAAGACCUCUGGUCUGGGUAAACCUCCAUGUUGCUGUAUGAUAUGCAUAGGUUUGUAAAGUUUUGUGUAAGUUCUCACAGCUUUGUGCUUGAACUGAUUGUUUUUGUUUUUCAACAAAAGGUGUGCUGUAUUUGAAUUUGUCUUGCAUUUAAUACAGCCUUUUAAUGGGAAUCACAGCCUUAGUACCUCCUCAAGCUCUGAAGACCGUGUGUCAGCGAUUUUGAUGCCGGAAUCUGUGUAAAUGUUUGAUUUUCAGAUUUUUCUUUCAGGUCAACAGAAUUAGCUGUUACUGUUAAAUCCUAUUAAAGCGGUUUAUUUUAUGUUUAUAGCACUGUUCUGUCUGAGGAUGCAACUGAUAAAGCUAAACUGCUAUCACCAU